AUGCAGAACGUUCGAGCCUACGGUGCCGGUCUGGCCAACUCCAACUUCGACAAGGCGGCCUACUUCAAGAAGCCGACAGUUGUUUUCCGUUGCGCAGCUCUGGUGAGUCCAGAGAUUCGAUUAAAACUUUUCGGGAUUCUGUGGCUUUUCGGCCGGCCGCCCGAAAUUCAAAACGGAUUGCGUGUGGCUCGUUAGAGCUUCCGACACUAUUUAGUGUGGCCAAUAAACAUGAGGAACUGGAUAAUUAUAUGGAUGUUAGCCACGAGGCUGACCGAGAAAGUCGUUGAUCAUUUUUCCUACCUUUUUGAAGCUUCGAACUUCGCUAUCAGGAACCGUAAACCAAAAAAAAAAAAAUCAAUGCUGUGUUUUGAAAAUCUUUAUCACAAAAGUUGUUUCGUGUCAAAAUACUAAAAUAAUGUUAGAAAUCCAACUUAUCCACCUUAUCCUAAUAUCCACUUCACAUAACCUCAAUAUUCAAGUUAAUAUUUGUCUCAGGAAUAGGAUGACUACAUUUUCUUGAAUUGGAUGUUCUUCGCUGAAAUUCAGUUUUAAACUCUAAACAUGGAAUCGGAUAGAUUGAGUAAAAAACUUAAUUUUAUCGCUAGAAGCUCUUUUUCGUAUUUUCUCUUUCUUCUACUUUUUUUAACUGGCAAAGUUUUCUUUUCAUUUUUCUAACAACUUUUGCUGUCUUUUCGCGAAUCAAUUUUUCGAAACAAUUCAUCUUUUACGACCGAGAAGCAGUGAAUAAACGCAUCUUAGGGAUGGACAUACUGAGCAAAUGAGCGACAGCCUCUCAAUAAACGAUCAGAAAAGCAUUUGUCAGUAGCUACCCGCGGAACAAACUUUUAUUAUUCAUCAGAAAAAAAUUCUUAAUUUAUCAUUCAAACAGGAAAAAAUAUUGUUUUUUCAAUUUUUUGAGUUUUGAUUAUACUGAAAGUUUGAAUAAAUCUUCAUUGGUUACAUCCAAAUGCCUGGAUCUUACAGAUCCUUGAACUUGAAAGGUGAAUUUUUUUUAAGAUUUGAAAAGUAUAUUAUUUUUCACCAAUCCAAGUACUUCUAAACUGGCCAUCAAUUGGUGAUUCUAUUUUCGACCGCAAAUGAUAUAACGAUCUUGAGAAAACACGCGUUUCAUGCGCAUUAAUUCAUAAUAGAAAGGUUUUUAGAGCCAGAUUUGAUAUGUGGCUUUUUUCUCGCAAAAGUGCAGCUCAAAGUCGUUUUGCAGGCUUUGGGGCUUCUUUUGUGGUACGCCAUCUCGAAAGGUGGCUGGCAUCGUCCGAGCGGAACCAUCCAUCAAGUAACUCUUUGAGCAUUUCUUCGCGCAAGUGCUCCUGCUGCGAGUAUUGAUCCGAGCGCUUUUAGUUCUGGUUGCCCCUUUUUGGCCAACCCAUCACUCUUCCGGCAAAAUUGAAACUUUGUUUUGCGAGUGGUUGCUUACGAGGACAGAAAGAGAACAAUAAAAAAGGAUGAGAAAUGAGUUUUGUGCAAGUUUUCAUUCAAAAAGCCACUUUUUUCUCUCUUAUGUAAGGUUUAGAAGAGUUACAAGAAGGGUUAGAAAACAAUGAAAAGAACAUUUCAUCGACAGAACAAUUCAAAAAGAUCAGAUCAAUUACUUCGAAAACAUAUUUUUUGAAGGUAUGUCUCUACGGACGGAGCUCUUCGACGUGUUCUUUCGGCUCGGCGAUGGGCUUUUUCGUACUUUGCGGAGCAACGGCUCUUCUUGCCCUUGAUGCCAAACUUGACACGAUAAGCUCAAUCCCCACGAGACGUCGCGCCGUUUUGGCAGAUCUCGUGGUUUCGGGUGAAUUUGCAAUCUUUUCUUUUUUUGAUAUGGUUUUUCUGGAAAGAUUCUCGCGUUUUGAUUCUCUGCAAAAAACUUUGUGGAAUGGCAUAAAAGUCAUUCAUCAAAACUUUGAAGUCAUUUGAAAAUUAAAGAAUUAAAAAAGAGGAAAUCGGAAACGUGCUAAGUUUGGUUGAUGCUUGAUUUUUUAUUCAUUCCACCUUCCUCAACUUUAAACUUUUUCAAAUUGUAUUGCUUCAAAGUCAUAGAAAAAGUGUGCCGUUUGAACUUGUGAUUUCUUCUUUGUGUUCUAUGAUGAGAAAAUCCAACUGGAAUUCAAUACCAACACCCUUUUCCAUGGGAAAGGCACUUUACCAGAGUGUUUUUCCUUCGAGCUUUCCAUUAGAAGCAAUCAAAACGCCUCUUUUUUUUUGAACGUCAGAUUUUUCAGCUGUCUUCACUGGCAUUUUCCUCAUUGGCUUCUUCACGUUCUGGUCCAAAUUUUCUUCGUUUGAGCAAGCGGAAGACGACGAGAAUCCGUUGAGCACGAAAUAUGCUAAGCUUGGAAUUCUGCUUGCGUUCCUCUCUACACUCGCUUGGGUGAGAUUUUUUGAAGUAUUCUAGAAUGGGGGAUUUGGAAGAGGAUGAAUGAAAAAGUGAGGGUAUCCCUCAAAAAAAAAGUUUAUGACAAAACACGAAAAUGGGAUUCCUGAAACUGGCAAUGUUAUAAGUUGUCAGAAAAACUUUUGAAAGAUUCUUUUUUGAAUACUGCAAAAGUAAUAGUAGUUUGGAUUAGCUUCUCAGCAAAGUUCAAACUCCUGAUUGAAUCCUCAAAAAAAUCACCUUUUUUAUAAUUUUUGAACUCUCUUGGUUAUUUUAAUUUUUCAUCACUCUUCCUUUUCAUUUAAAUAUUCAAGUAUUUUCAAACUUUUUCUUCUAAAUCAAAAACAUCUUUUCAGGGAGGAGCGGCUUUUUUUGCUUGGAGGCGGUACGAAGAAGGAUCUCAAGCGACUGUAGAGCCCAACUACGAUGAUCAAUUUUCUCAAGUCGCUGGAGAAGUUCACGAUGGAUAUGGAUACGGAGGGGACUCUACUGGUAUGUUAUCAAUUGAAAAAUUAUAAAAUUAAAACAAAUAGAUGUUGAAAGAUUCUCAGAAAAGAAAAAAAGGACGAGGAAGAAAAAUUGAGAGUAAGACUAAAUAAACAACACACAUUUUUUCAAGUAAAAAGCUUUGCGGUGGAAAAAAAUGUGACUGUUUUUCAUACAUUUUACAAUAAGUAAAAAAAUUCUGGUAGAGCAGAAUUAAAGAAUUUUCAGUCAGACUCAAAAAAAUGUGUAAAAUCAGAAGAUUUUUGAAUUAGACCCUUGAAUCUUUCGUGGUGGUAAAAAUUCAAAAAUUGAGCAAAAAAAGAGGUGCUACUUUUAGUAGCAGUUCCUUUUCAUUUGAAAUUGACUACUUCAGGAAUCGGAUCUGUCGGAAGUGGUCCAGCUCAUUCUUAUCAGGCUGGCGGGCCUCCAUCUCAGCAACAUUUCGCGCCUCAACCUCCUGCCAACCCAUUCGUCAAUAGUGAAGGAUACGGAUACUAA